AUGCAGGCGAUAAACCACAAAGAUAUAACCGCGGUAAUACUGGCCGGUGGCCAGGGUCGGCGUAUGGGUGGUGAAGACAAGGGUUUGAUCGAGUUUGAUGGCCGACCCAUCAUCGAAAUUCUCAUUGAAAAACUGAAACGGCAGAAAGUCGAAAUAAUCAUUAACGCCAAUCGCAAUCAUGAUAUCUACCAGUCCUAUGGCUUGCCCGUGGUGAGUGACGAGCUCGCUGACUUUCAGGGCCCGCUGGCGGGAUUCGCCACCGCUAUCAAUGCGGUGAAGACUGACUAUAUUCUAACUCUGCCCUGCGACGGGCCUUUCCUUGCAGAUAGUUUUGUCGAUUUGUUUAUCGAAGCGCAGGCUCGUGAACAAUCACCCAUUAGCGUGGCCUUUGACGGCGAACGGCUUCAGCCUGUUUACGCUUUAAUCGACGUUAACCGGCUCGAUAGCCUAAACCAGUUCCUGGAAAGUG